AUGUCCCACUCCACGUUUUGCAUUGCCCUCCCCAAUGCUGCGCUGACUCUAGAUAAGUGUUUGGCAUGUCCAGAGGGCUAUUUCUGUGGGUCGGAGGGCCUGGGUCUGCCCACUGGCCCCUGUGCUCCGGGGUUCCUGUGUUAUGGGGGUGCGCAGGUCCCCAACCCCACUGAUCCCAGGUCAGGGUCCCUCUGUCCUCCCGGAGCGUUCUGCCAGCUUGGGAUCACAGCGGGUCUCUGCUCUGCGGGGUAUUUCUGUGACUGGGGGUCCAGCAGCCCAGAGCAGAAACUGUGUCCUGCUGGCUCUUACUGUCCGAGGGGCACGGACGCCCCUGUCCCCUGCCCCCCCGGGACGUUCAGCCCAGCGAGGGGGGGCAGCAGCCUGGAGGACUGCAUGGCCUGCCCACCCGGACACUUCUGUCAGGGGGAAGGGGUUGUCCAGCCAGAGCCCUGCCCUCGUGGGCACUACUGCCCCCUGGGGGUGAGAGAGGGUACUGAGUUCCCCUGCCCCCCGGGCACAGUGAGACCGCAGCCUGGAGCCAGCAGCCCAGAGGAAUGCCAGUCCUGCCCAGCUGGGAUGUUCUGUGCCCUGCACGGCCUCUCCGAGCCCACCGGACCCUGCCAGGCCGGGUACCAGUGCCCCGCCGGAGCCACCAGCCCCAAUGCCACUGCGUACAUGGUGAGAUCUGCCACUAAUACCCUGUGCCCUCCUGGUCACUACUGCCCCGCUGGCACAGGGUACCCCCUGCCGUGCCCCCCCGGCUCCUACUCCAGCUCUCCGGGGCUCAGUCGGGUGGAGCAGUGCCACCCCUGUCCAUCAGGGCACUACUGCGCCCGCCCCGCCCUGGCAGAUGUGUCCAAGGCCGCUCUCUGUGACGCUGGGUAUGUGUGUUUGGGGGGCAGUGUCGGCCCUCGCCCCUCUGAUGGGGUUCAGGGGCACCUGUGCCCCCGCGGGUUCCGCUGUCCCAUUGGCACACCUGUGGAGGUGCCCUGUGAGCCUGGCACCUAUGCCCCCGUACCCGGCGCUGCCGUCUGCCUGCCCUGCCCACCUGGCGCCACCUGCAGAUCUUCUGGUACACACGCGCCGUCCGUCUGUCCUGCAGGACAUUACUGCCCAGCCGGAACAGCGCAGCCCCUCCCCUGUCCAGCAGGGGCCCUCAGUGAGCUGACUGGAGCCCGGUCCCUCUCCACCUGUGUGCCGUGCCCCGCUGGACUCUACUGCAGCACCCCUGGAUCCUCACAGCCACAAGGUCCGUGUCAGGAGGGCUAUUACUGCCAGGGUGGAGCCACAGCCAUGGUGCCUCAGAGCUCUGCUGCCUUCCCCAGGAAUGGGCCCUGCCCCCUGGGCCACUACUGCCCCGCGGGCACCCCCUCACCCCUGCCCUGCCCCACGGGCAGCAUCCGGAACCAGACCGGAGGACGCGCUGCAGAGAGCUGCCUGCCCUGCCCACCGGGACACUACUGCGCCAGCGAGGGCCGGGCCACGCCCAGCGGCCCCUGCUCCGCCGGGUUCUACUGCCCCCCCGAGUUCUCCUCCACCAGCCCUCACGCCUUCCUCUGCCCCAAGGGUCACUUCUGUCUGGAGGGCUCAGGCCUGCCCCUGCCCUGCCCCACAGGGGAGUACCAGCCCACCCCAGGAUCCGACAGCUGCAUCCCCUGCCGUCCAGGGUACUACUGUGAGGAGUCCAUUGCUGGCGAUCCCUGGCCCUGCCCCCCUCACUCCUACUGCCCUGCAGCCACCAUGGUUCCCCAGCCCUGCCCUAACGGCACCUUCACCCCCCCAGACAUACAUGGUCUGCAGGAGGAGGGGGAGUGUUUGCCCUGUCCCCGCGGGAUGUUCUGCAGAGCGGGCCGAGUUUUGGGGCGGUGUGCAGCGGGGUACCUGUGUGUGUCGGGCAGUGCAGAGUUCACCCCCCAGGGGCCACCCCUGCGGAACUGGAGCCAGUGUGAGAGGGGCGUGCAGUGUGCCAGCCCCUGUCCUGCAGGGUUCUACUGCGUGGAGGGAGCGGAUCAGGCCGAACCCUGCCCCGCCCACACCGUCAGAGCGUCCCCCGGGGGCCGGAGCCGAAACGACUGCCUCCCCUGCCCCCCCCGACACUGGUGCAAACGGGGUCUGUCGUCAGCCACCGGUGACCCCUCUCUGCACCUGUGUCCUGCGGGGCAUUACUGUGAGGGGCGGACGGGGGCAGACUCUGAGGAGGGCGGGGGGCCCGUGGAGUGCCCCAUUUUCACCUACAGAUCUGCCCCAGGGGCAGGAGGCAGGGGCGACUGCCACCCCUGUCCCCCCGGCUCCUUCUGUAACUCCACAGGGCUCACUGGCUACUCGGGUCACCAGUGCCCGCCGGGCUUCUGGUGCAGUGGAGCGGGUCCACCCGUCCCGUGCCCCGCUGGCACCAUGAGACCACAGCCUGGCGCCGCCACCGCAGACCAAUGCCAACCCUGCACCGCCGGAACCUUCUGCCCCGACCCCGGGGCCACCGGCCGGCCCAACAUCCAUGGCACCCCCUGCAGGGCCUCCUUCCAGUGCCCCCCAGGUGCGGUGGCCGAGACCCCCUGCAAAGCGGGCUCGUACUGUGGCCCUCAGACAGGAGAGCCCAUGGUGUGUCCUGGGGGAUAUUUCUGCCCCGAGGGCUCACACACCUACGACACACCACAGCAAGUGUGCAGAUUCCCGUAUUACUGCCCAGAGAACAGCGCGUUGGUGCGGCUCUGUGAGGGGGGCUACAUGCCCCUCAACAGCAGCAGGCUGAGGGACGCCCUCCUCAGCAGCUGUGUGCCCUGUGAGGGGGGCACCCAUCGCCCCAGCCUGUCCCCCACCCUGCACUGCCUCUCCUGCCCCCCGGGCUACCACUGCCCCCCAGGUCAGCACUGUUUCACCUGUGCCCAGGUCAUCACCUGUGCCCAGGUCAGCACUGUUUCACCUGUGCCCACGUCAGCACUGUUUCACCUGUGCCCAGGUCAGCGCUGUUUCACCUGUGCCCAGGUCAUCACCUGUGCCCAGGUCAGCACUGUUUCACCUGUGCCCCAGGUCAGCACUGUUUCACCUGUCUCCCAGUUUAGCCCUGUCUUACCUGUGCCCAGAACCGGCUUUGUGUUCUAUAAUGAGCUGGACUUCAAAAGCACCGACACCGACAGCGAGCUGGACUGCCAGCCUGAGGUGAACGAACGCUGCAGCACCGGGCAGGUGCGUCUGGCGUCGUCGCGGGAGUGUGUCUCUCCGUCCGGAUACCUGUGCAACGUCACCUGUGGGGCACCUGGAGGAGGCCUCAGUGUGGAGCUCGGCAUCUGCCGGUGUGAGAGCUACGUGGCCGCCGAGGGGCUGUGCAACGCCUCGUGCCUGUCGACGCUCCCCCGAGUCUCCGCCCGGCGGGCCUCUGACGGGCAGCUGCAGCUGAGGAUCAAAGGCAGAGAUGAAAAGGGCGUCUGGACGCGGAGCAAAUUCAGCUUCAUGUGA